AUUAAAGUAUGCGCUUCGACUCCAUCACCCACACGGCGGAGGCUGAGUACGUGACGGCUAAAACGUCCGUCUGGUGGGACAUCGAGAACUGCCCUGUCCCCAAGGGCUGGGAUGCUCAUAGCAUAGCUCAGAAACUGAACUCAGCACUGGUGAACUUGAACUACCGUGGUCCUCUCACCAUCACUGCUUAUGGAAACACAGAACUCAUCCCUAAACCUGUUCAGCAAGCUCUCUCCUCCGCCGGAAUCUCUCUUAACCACGUCCCCUCCGGAAAGAAGGAUGCGAGUGACAAGAAGAUUCUGGUGGAUAUGUUUUUGUGGGUGUUGGAGAAUCCUGCUCCGGCUAACUUGAUGCUUAUCUCCGGUGACGGAGAUUUCUCUUAUGCUCUUAACCGUCUGAGGAUGUUGAGAUACAACAUUCUUCUCGCGCACCCUCUUCAAGCUUCGCCUUUCUUGGUUGCUUCUGCAAGGACCUCGUGGAUGUGGAGAAGCUUAAUUGCAACUGGUUCUCAUUCCUCACGAAGUUGUUGCUCCUUUGGUUCUGAGCAUGCUUUGUCCACACAAGCAAUGGAUUCAGGGUGUGUUUUUAACAAUGCUGAUAAACUCAAAGGAAUAUAUGUUCAGAAAGCACCAAGUCAACAGGAGACAAGAAGAAAGAAGCUUCAGAAGGAAUUGAGAGUGUGCAAUGUUGCUUGCAAAAGCACUGAUAUUUUCACCACGGCCAGAGAACAAGCAGCUGAGCUGAAGCAAAACCUGGAAUUGUUGGGUGAGCCUGGAAACAUAGCUUCAGCAUCAAGUGGGUGUCAUGAGCAGGACACUGAGAUAAUGAUGGUUGAGAUGAAGAAGCAAACAGAUGCAAGUUUUUUAAUAUUUGAUGCUCUCAUUGAUGCAAAAAACAUUGAAGCAUGUGUUCAAGACAAUUACUCGCAGUCUCGGGAUGCUUUUAUGAAGUGCUUGGAGAAACAGAACAAGGAACUGAUGGAGACUAUUGCAACAUCCGAAAGGAGUGGAAGAGAGUUCUGGCAUGAUUUUAAAGAAAGGCUAGACAAGAGUGGUGUAGCUCCUCUCAGUGUGGAUCAUGUUUUCAGUGAACUAAGCCGCGACUUUCACGUGCCCAAAGAAGUGAGGGAGUGUUUUGAAGCAAUCUUCAAGAAGCUAGAAUCUACACAAAAUGAUAUUGAAAUUGAGAAGUUGGAGGAUAUGACCAAGAAGAAGAAGAGUACGGUGAUUGAAUACAAAUAUGAACCAUAUGUUUGCAAUAUUUGCAAUGUCGUUUGUGAUCAUCCUGCCGUGUUCGAGUCUCAUCAUAAGGGCCGGAAGCAUGCUGCUAAGAUUAAAAAGCAGGCAGAUGCUCUGCUUGAUAAUAAGCAAAUACAAGAUGAAGUCAUUCAAGAUAACGGUCUCACAAAGGAGCUCCAAAUCAAGCCUGUAAAGGCACCUGAGAACAUGGACUACUUAGAUGACCAAAGACAGGAGCUGAGAGAGGGAUGUGAUGAAGAAAAAUUUCAAACUAUUGAAGAAGUAGGAGAGAGUGAUUACAAAUCUCUUCCAAAUGCAGAGUGUCUCUUCACCGAACUAAACCCUGAGUUGUCUCCCUCUAAAGAAUCUAGAGAAUGUCUUGAUGCUAUUUUCAAGAAACCAGAAGUCUCAGAAGAUGCAAACUUAAGCCGGGAGCUUGAGAGUAUACCAAGCCAGAACCUGGAGAUGAACUCAGGCGAUUCUGAAAGUAGCUCUGCAGGAGGAGCCACUGAGCAUCCCGAGGAGUACAUGGACAUGAAGAAGGAGAAGGUGGCUAAGUCCAGCGUUUCAACCAAACCUAUAACGAAGGAACCAAAAGUUUUGCAGCUUGUCUGGUGCCAAAUCUGCCGGAUCAGCUGCGAGAGCAAGGUUGCAUAUGCAAAUCACAUCUGUGGGAAAAUACACCAGCAGAAGAGGGAGAGGAUGUCUGAGAGAGACGCCAUGCUUUCUAAGGAGAAUGCAGAGAGAUUGAAGAAGGUAUUGAGCAAAAGCCAAACCACCAUGGUCAAGGAGCAAACAGAGAAGGCAUUUGUUGAUUCACUGAGAACUCGCCAAGAACUUCGCCAAAGAGCAGUGGAACAUCCAUUGGGAAAAGCAGAUGCAACAGAGGAGCAGACACUUGUGAAGACCGAGGAUCAUGGGUUUCAAGGGGCACAAGAAGAUAAAGAGGAAGUGAAGGAGAUAAAUUCCAUAUCUGAGAACCUAACGCGUGCCUUUAUUGGAAUGAAUCAAGAGUCAAGUGUACCCAAAGAAUCGAGAGGAUGUUUGGAUGUGAUUCCUCAGAGAGUAAAAGCGCCAGCAGAUGUGAAUGUGACGGAGAAGUUGGAAGAUGAGUCCAAACAUAAACCCCAAACAACACCACAGGAACCUUUAAAGGAGUUUGCAGGACUUAAGGAGCACCUAGGAGUGGCUGCCAAGAGGGGAGAGGCUAAGUUCCAAGUUGAUAACUUUUGGACCAGACUUUGGGGGAAAAAGGAGUUAGAAAAACUUUACUGAAUAAUCUAUACUAAUAAGUGGAAUUGGACUGUAUAACUUUCAAAUAAUUAAUAAUUUACUAGCGA